AUGGUUUUAUUUCUCUUCUGCGAUAUUUCUGCUAUAAAUUUCUUUUUUAAAAAGAAAGAAAUACCUUCAAAUAAAAGAAAGAGCAUGCAGAUAAACAUCGAAAAAAUAGGCUACUAGAUAGAAAAAUGGCACGAGUAUCUUAAUAACUACAAGCCAAGGACAUGGAUUUUAAAAGCAUGUAUUUCGAUAGCAAAUUAACCAGAUUAAUUGAAUUUAAUAAACGAUGAUACUGAAUUGGAUGAAUAUUAAUUAGCCUUCAAGAAACUGAUUUACUCUCUGAAAAAAAAUGCUGCAAAAAAAUUUACAAGUUCUAAAAUUGGUUUUUUUGAAAAUGUAACAUGCAUAUUAAAUGUGCUUGAAGCAAUUAUGACGAGGUGUGGAAAAAUGGUAGAUGAGUAUGUAUACUUGGGUCAUUGGCAAUAAGUAAGUAUGAAUAUAUUAUAUGAAAAAACUAAAGAUGAAAUUACAAAAAUACAAAUUCAAAUAUAUUAUUGUGAUAUAUAUACGAAAAUUUGA